CAAAAUUCGCCUAAGUCUAGUCCCAGCAUCCACUCGUGCAGCACGCGCGUCUGCUCUCUGUGCGUUUUGAUUUCGCCGUCGUAUUCGUUACUUAUUCGCUAUGGCUGACGCUGAAGCUCCUGCUGCUGCUGCCCCUGCAGCACCCGCCAAGGAAAAGAAAGAAAAGAAACCCAAGGCGAAGAAACCCGCUGCCAAGCCAACUCACCCUCCUUACGGGACUAUGAUUGCUGCUGCAGUGAAAAGUUUGAAGGAAAGGAACGGUUCGUCUCGUCAGGCAAUCUUGAAAUACAUCGUCGCGAAUUACAAGGUCGGUGACGAGAAGAAGGCUGGAAGCAGACUGAAGCUUGCCCUGAAGAAGGGUGUCACUUCUGGGGCACUCAAGCAGGUCAAGGGCGCUGGUGCCUCUGGCUCGUUCAAACUUGCCAAGGACGACGCAAAGCCUGCCAAGAAAGCCGUGAAGAAGCCAGCAGCAGCAGCAGCCAAGAAGUCUCCCAAGAAACCCGCAGCUAAAAAGCCAGCUAAGAAGCCCGCAGCCAAGAAAGCUGCCAAAAAGCCAGCAGCCAAGAAAGCCGCGAAAAAGCCAGCUGCAGCCAAGAAGCCCGCGAAAAAGCCAGCUGCCAAGAAGGCCGCCAAAAAGCCAGCAGCCAAGAAACCCGCACCAAAGAAGGCCAAGAAGCCCGCGAAGAAGUAAAUGUGACCCCUGACCCCGACGAAAGUGUUUUGAAUGAAUCUCGACGAAUGAAUGAUUUUAGACUAAGAUGGAAUCCUAAAUGGCAUCUUUAGGUGCGAUCGAAUGGUGUACUUCUGUAAGAAGUGAAUUUUUCUACUAUUAAGAUUUUUUCUAAUAUGACUGUACCUGAACAUUCUCACAUACAAAAGAUCUCUUGUGUGUAAAUAUGUGAAAUAAAGUAUUUCUAGAG